CCCAGCCAAUCAGGACAUGCCAUCACCGGAAGAGCACCCCAAGCAUUCGGUUAAAAAGCAAAGUCCACGGAGCUCUCGUAAUCCCACCAAUCAGAGCUCUGAAAAUGUAUGCCUCGAGAUGUGUGAAAGAAUCCGACAGUUUUAUUGACGGCCUUGGUCCGAUCCCACGACACGCAGCAUGGUCUCGCGCGCAAACACCCGCCCUCUCACGGCGGACUCAGAGAAGCUUCAUGUGCACGCUUCUUUCCUCGGCAUUCCCUUACAAAGCCCUUCAUCAGCCCUCACACUCCUGUCCUUUCGCUUCGUUGCUGAAUUCCCAAAACCCUAACAAUCUCUCCUAUUCAUGGAAGAGCCUCAAUGCUCCAGAGCCGCUUUGCCUGCCUCACUCCCACCCGGUUGCCUUUUCCAUCCUUCCGAAGAGCAGCUGCUCUGUUACUAUUUACCCAAAAAGAACGCCAGCGUUAAUUUCCAUGGUUGCGAUCUGAUCAGGGAGCUUGACCUGUACGAGUAUGAUCCUUUCCAAUUGCCUGAAAUUGCGUGCUUUUCCUAUGGUUAUCGUGGAAAGAAGAGGCAUUGGUACUGUUAUACUGCCAGGGUUUUGAAGGAUUCCAGGAGAAAGACUAGGAUGGUCAAGAGCGGGUAUUGGAUGAGAAAGGGAGGGGUUAGGAAUGUUUUAAGUGAUGGUGGGAAUGUCACCUUGGGCACCAGGACCACUUUCGUUUUCUGUUUGGGGAAUUCUCCCAAGAACGCCAGCAAGACGAAUUGGAUGUUGCAUGAGUAUGCAUUAGUUGGUCAUCUCAAGGCUUCAUUUGUUGUUUGUCGAGUAUUUUUUAGAGCGUGUCAUAAGAAUAGCGUGUCAGAGAAUGGUCUGAGUUCAUGCGCAGAGGAAAGUUUCUCAGCUGUACGUCACAUUGGCAUUCAGCAUGAUGAAUGUGUUUUGCCUGAUAUAAUUGAGACUCAAAUGUGUGGUGGCUGCUCCAUUGAUAGAAAGAUUUCAGUGUCUGCCUUGAAACCUGCUAGCGAACUAGAUAAGAAUCAAAUUGCACCUGCAGCAGCUUCUGUUGCUACUGUCCAGCGUUGUGCAGAUCCUCAAGACAGUCAAACGGUAAAUUUUUCUGGACUUCCUGGUGGUGGCGCGAUGUUUGUCGAUGCAUUGACAUCUCAGCAACAUAUACUUUCAAUUCUUGAGGAGGAUUUCAUAGAGUUGGAUGAUCUAGCUUGAAUCGGUUGAUUGUGAAAGAUAAGUGAAUAGUAGUCCUAAUCUCAUGAUACAUAUGAUCUGAAACAGCUGUAUUUAGAAUGGGUAAACAACCCUGCAAAUACACAAGGGUUUAGAAUAUUCAGUAACCCUUUUUUUCCCUAUAAAGUGAAGAAACAUAGUCUCAAAUGAGGUUGCAGCAAAUGAAGUGGAAGGGUCACUUCACUUGUUAAGAUAGCUUGUUGAUAGAUCAAUAGAUGAUUGUAAAUACACUAUUGAACCCUUCUUGAAGAGUUAUUCAGCAGAUCUUUAAUAUGGGCAUGCAGUUAUUUAUUUUCCAGAUAUCUAAUGAAAGGCCAUUGCUCUGGAA